AUGAUGCAGGAAGUCAACUCGGUAGCCAUGGAAGAUGCAGGGUUGGACCAGCCGACGGAGUAUCUGCCGAGCGCCAGCUAUGAGGGUGUUGUGUCGGACUCCGACGAGAUGAGCAGCAGGACGUCGAAACGGCGCAUCAAAAGAUCGGGGCUGGCGUGCGUGCGGUGCAGGCGACGGCACGCCAAGUGCAGUGGUGAGAAGCCCUGCAGUACAUGUGUAGCGGCCAACAUAGCGUGCGAGUACAUGGAGCCUAACAAGAAACUGGUCGUUUCCAUGAAGUACCUGCAGAAACUGCAGUCCGAUCUCGCGGAAAUGAAAAGAGAGAACAUCAAGCUGCAGGCCUCGGUUAAGAAUAUAGCACCGCAAGACGCCGCGGAGGCUGGCCCUUCGAACAGGCCCUCGGACGUCAAGUUUCAUAAAAAUACUGUCGACCAAAGCACUCUCGGAUCGUCGAGCGCAGCUUCCGCUUCCUCUCGCGCAGCCACUACCGAUGACGAGGAAAUUGUUCCCAAUUUCACAGAGCGACGCGGGAGGCUGGUCGCGUCCCGCACCGGCCAACAGUAUUUCGUGGGAUCUUCAUCUAUGACCUUGUUCGGAAUGGAGAUCCAAUCGCUCAUACCCAAAAGGCUGGCUUCACGAAAGCGUGACGGCAGAGAGUUGACAUCGCUGGAGGUGGAUGGCACCCCUAGAGCGCCCGUUCAGCCUAUAGACGAGAUUCUUCAGGAAGAAGGAAACGCUUAUAAGAUCGUGCUGUCCAAGAACGAUGGUACCAAUGACAUUAGCGUCAAUUUUUCGCUUCCUUCUUACUCUUAUGCCAUAUUGCUAGUUGACACCUUUGUUACCUACAACGACGGAUGCUUUUACUUCUUUAACGAAGGCAUUGUCAAAGAACAACUGAAAGCCGUUUAUGAGGGCGGCACAGCCCUUCCAGACCACACCCUGCAAACCAUAUGGUUUUGCAAGGUACUGCUGAUAUUCGCCACUGGAGAAAUGUACCUAGGCACCGCCAAUAAUAUGAACGGCAGCAAACUGCCUUCCAAAGCGGGGGCCAAACUCCCUGGUUCUGGUUUCUUCGAACAAGCGUCGAAGAUCUUCAGCUGUCUUUUCUCAAGCGGAAGAAUAGAGAAUGUCACAAAACCCGGCGGCCUUGAGGUUAUGUUGCUGUACGCCUUUUAUCUUCAGGUUGCGGACUGCACAGUCGCAUCUUAUUUCUACUUUGGCCAAGCUUUAAGAGCAUGCCUCAUAAUGGGUUGGCAUGUGGAUGCACAAAGGGACAGCAUUACACGUUUUGAACUUGAACACCGGAGGCGUCUGUGGUGGACCGUUUACAUGUUCGAAAGAAUGUUGAGUAGCAAGGCAGGCUUGCCUUUGAGUUUUACCGACGAAACAAUCACUACAGAGCUUCCCGAUGAUUUUGACAUGAGCUCUCCACCUGCAGGCUGUGAGCAUUACAUAUUUCCUGAGGCUGAAUACAUCACUAAUUGUGUCAAAAUAACACAGAUCAACGCUCAAAUUCUGAAUAAACUCUACCAGAGACAACCAGGUAGCAACAUUCUUCCAGUUCUGAAAGAGAUAGUGCUACAGCUGAUUGAAUGGAGAAGAACGCUAUCUGGGUUUCUUCAAGCUGAUUUCCAGCGGAAGGAUUUUAAAAUCUCAAGGUUAUCAACCAAUAUUUUCACAGAGUACUUCCAGGGCAUGAACCUAGCCAUACGGCCUUUAUUAUUUCACUUCGCCUCAAUCCAACUCAAGCGCUCAGAGACUUCAGACACCUACAUCAAUUUGCAAGAUUACUCACCAACCAUCUCUGCCCUCUUAAACUGUUCUUUGCAGGCUUCCAUCAACACAAUCCGUUCUUUAUGGUACCUCAAGCUCCAGAACAUGGUCGCUCUUUUUGGCUACAUGGAUAGGGAGUACUUGUUCACCGCAGCGUGUACAUUGGUACUGUUCAACGCGGCUUUUGGUAUUCACGAUCAAACUGCAGAACAUCUGGAUCAUGCGCUACUAACAUUUACAAAGAUGAGAAACUUGGGAAAUAACCCUGCCGGACACCGGCGUGCUCAGCUAUUGAGGCUCAUGAGCAGUUUGGAUUUUAAAGGAUCCAUGAAAGAACUAAUUCAAAACCACGUCGAUGACUUAAGGCCAGACGCGCAAUUCGAAAAUCAUGGUGACAAGGAAGCCGAGAUUGUCUCCUAUGUGUCCACCGAAUCAGAUGUUGUGAGAAUUAGUCCCUCUGCUUCAGUUUCCCUUGAAGGAGAUUUUAGAGCCGACUCACCAAAGGAAGGUGAAAUAGUCCGGGAGAACAACGCAAGUACGUUUGAACCAUUUUCCUUAGAUAGCAAAAGCGACAUACAGAAAUUUCUGGCUGGUCUUGAAAAUGUGGACACGAGUGAAAACGAGCUUUGGAAGGAAAUUUCUCACCAGGCAAUGUGGCUAGGCAACGCCAUGGACCCAACCGGCCCAGUAGGCGACGAAGAUACAACUGGUGGUCUCAAUUUUUUUGAGUAA